AUGGGGAGAGGAAGAGUGGAGCUGAAGAGGAUAGAAAACAAGAUCAACAGACAGGUGACCUUCUCUAAGAGAAGAAAUGGUUUGCUCAAGAAAGCUUAUGAGCUUUCUGUGCUUUGUGAUGCUGAGGUUGCCCUUAUCAUCUUCUCUAGUCGUGGCAAGCUCUACGAGUUUGGCAGCUCAGGUAUGACCAAGACCCUUGAGCGAUACCAACGUUGCUGCUUUACUCCUCAAGACAACAGCCUUGAACGUGAAACGCAGAGUUGGUACCAAGAGGUAACCAAGUUAAAGGCAAAAUAUGAAGCACUGCAACGCACUCAAAGGCAUUUGCUUGGAGAAAAUCUUGGACCAUUGAAUGUGAAAGAGCUGCAAAACCUUGAGAAGCAGCUUGAAGGAGCUCUUGCACUGGCUAGACAAAGGAAGACACAGAUUAUGAUAGAACAAAUGGAAGACCUCCGCAAAAAGGAACGUCAGCUUGGAGACCUUAACAAACAGCUUAAAAUCAAGCUUGAGGAAGAAGGACAAAGCCUCAAAACAAUCCAGGGCUUAUGGAGUUCUGGUGCUGCAGCUGAAAAUAGCAACUUUCCUCUGCAUCCUUCUCACACCCACCCUAUGGAAUGUGAUCAUGAACCUGUUUUGGAAAUAGGGUACCAUCACUAUGUUCAAGCUGAAGGAUCUGCAGUCCCUAAAAGCAUGGCUGGUGAGACCAACUUCAUCCAUGGAUGGGUCAUUUAAGCCCUCUCUAAAUAAAAACAUAUAAAUAUAAUAUAUAUAUAUAUAUAUAUAUUGUGAUUUUGUCUCUUGUUUUUGUAUGGGGAUUUAUAAUGUUGCUAAUAUUUGUAUUUAUAAAUAGACGGAAAGUGUACAACAUAAAAAUGCUUGGAUCUUAAGAAGCAUUCCUCCUCUCCUGGGACAUGUGUGUGUGUGUGUGUGUGUGUGUGUAUAUAUAUAUAUAUACACACACACACCUUUUUACUGUU